AUGGAUACAUCAAAAGAUUCUUAUAUUGUCAAGAAAAUCGAUUCCUGUCCGGACGAGGGUUAUUUCUUCAAACGCGACUUGUUCUUAAACACCAUAGAGCCGAGCUGCUAUCUUUGCUUCUGUCAGGACAAUGACACUGCUAUCUGCUGGCCCAGGGAGAAUAAGAGAUGUGACUCAAAGUAUUAUUACCAUGUUGGGAGGAAGAAGAGAGAAACCAGACCACGGCGUUCUCCAGGAUUCAGUGAGAUCUUCUUCCGCGACGCGUCACGAGAUUUUUUCAACAAACGGAUACCAGAACAGUGUAAGCCCCACGAGUCGAGUUUUAGCGAAGGAUGUCCUCCAGCCGAUUGGUGCAUAGGUUGUACUGUGUGCGAUUGUGAUGCAAACGGUCGAUGGGAUUGUCAUAUUCUAAGCUUUUGUCCUGAUGGUAAAGGUAAAAAGCAAAUGAAAAAGCGACGCGGUUCAGUUCGUAGUAAGAUUACGAAAAGGCAACUGACCACCAAGAGUCAGAUAGAACCUAAGAGAACUAGAAAAACAACGAGAAAGCCAACAAGAAAAAAUGCCAAGAAUAUAAACAAAGGGAAGAAACUACAAAUAAAACCAAAUAAGGUAAAAAGAAUAAAUGUAAAACAAGAUAAUCAGCAUAAAGGCAAAUCAAAUAGACGCACACAACCGAAGAAGCAAACACCACCGUGCCGAAACAGAAAAGUAAUUAUCGGCAAUACUAAAUUAAAAAACAAAGAAGAAUCUAAAAAGCUAAUACUUAAAUCUAGCAAAAACAACGAUUCCAAUUUCAAUAAUAAUGACAGUACCGUUAAAUUUGCUGAAACGAUUCUUAAGAAAGUUAUGGCGUCAGUUGAAAAAUUCAUACUUGAAAGUCAAAAGAAUUCGAGCAAAUCAAAUCAAUCUAAAAUGAUCAAGAAGCGAUCUAUGUUUAAAAAUAAAAAAGUUAGUCAUAAAAACACCGUGAAUAUAGAUAAUAACAAAAUUAUGUCUAAAAUUUUAAAUAAAAAACUAUUAACGAAUGUCGCCUUGAAGAAAGCAAGUGAAAAGUUAGAAAAUAAUUCGAGAAAAAAGAGAGAAGCAACUCAUGUUGAGUCUCAUAAAAUUAAUAACGAAUUUGUAUUACCGAUUACAGUAACAAAUUCAACAAUUAAGAUUGGGUAUUAUACUUACAAGGUUGAAAGCAAAACGACACAUUAUUACCCUGUAACAACUGAAAAAAGAACAACCUUAGAUCAAAUAACGCCUACCGGCGAUGAAACGACUGCGCAUAUCGAUCAGGAAGUGACUACACAUAUCAACAAAGAAAUAAUAAUGCAGUCUUCAAAUAAAUCUAUAAAUACUAACAAAGAGAGAAAGAUCAGUGAAAGCAACAUUCAUCUUAAUGACAUUAGCAAAAAAAUAUCUGAAACGUGUGGAAAAAUAUGCGAACUAAAGAGAAAUAUAAGAGAACUUGUUGGUAGUUUCGUUAAAAGUAAUAGAACAAGACUUCAAUCUAACAAUUCAAAAGGUAACAAUUUUAACAUUUUAACAAGUUUAAAAAGGACUUUUAGAAAAAUAUUCGUGAAGAAAACGAAUUUUAAGAAUUUAACUAUUGACGAAAGAAUUCCGUUUCGUAAGUGUAAAGUAAUUAGAACAUUAUGUAAAAAUAUUGGCACUUGUAAAAUAAAACAAAACGACAGAGAAUUGCAGCUUAAACUUGACGAGUUGAGAGCCGAAAGUUUGAAAAUUUUGAAAUCUGUAAGAGUCAUAAAGGGUCUUUUGAAAUUACUUGAUAUUAAGAAGAAUAAUGAAACCACUGUAUUAAAUCAAAAGCCAUUUACUGAUAAUGAUGUUUACAAAUUAAAUUUAAUAAUAAAAGACGAAUAUGAUGCAAAAUACGGACUAUCAAGUCUAACAGAAACACAACGGACACAAAUUAAUUAUAUCAAAGAAAAUACUUUAGUUUUUAUUCAGUCAAUUGAAAGGUUUUCUUUUAUAUUGAAUGAUGUUAUUCAUAUUUUAACUAACGGAGGAAAACGAAGUGAAUUACAUCGUCAUCGUACUUUUACUAGACAUCUACAGAUCAGUAAAAUAAAUAACAAUAAUACAAUCAGAGAUAAAUUAAAAAGACUAAAAAAAUUGUUCAUCAAUUAUAAUUUGGUACAAAAUAAAUUUAUGAAGCGAAUGUACGACGUUAUAGUAACAUUAGAGGAUAAAGUAAAUACAACGGCUAACGAUAAAUUAAAAGAGGUGAGUGUUGAGAAUAAAAAAAAUAAUUACACUGAUAUGGUAGAGAAUUAUACAAAAAACAUAUUUAAAAACCUUAGGAAAUUAAAAGAUCUGGUACAAAGAUUGAGUUCUAAAACCAGAAAGAAAAGGGCAGCUAUCGACCAAGAUGAUGCUGUAGAAUAUCUUUUAAUGCUUAUGGAAUAUUUAUUUAAGCAAAACAAGCCAAUGAAAGUUUUACCAGUGUACGACGGUAUUGAUAUUUUAAUCGAUGUAAUUAAGAAUGCUCCAGAUAUCAAACCAAUAAAAAAGAUAGUGCUUUACGAUGAUAGCUCACAAAUAGAGCAAAGCGUGGCUCCUAUUAAUUACCAUAGAGAUAAUCUAGUUGCGGAUGAAAAUAACUAUACAUUAAAUUUUUUGAACAACAAAUUCAAAGCUUUCGAAUCAACUGAUAACGAAAACGCACAUUUUAAUGAUUAUAAAGUUUUUAAACCUUUACAUAUGAGCACACAUUCUAACUAUAAACAAGAAGAAAUUACUACAAUUAAUGAUUUUGACAUAUUAAUUAAUAAACCGACUAUUGUUCACGUGGAUGAAAAUGAUAAAUUGGACACACUUAAUGAGAAAAUAAUGAAUAAAGAAAAAGAUGAAAUGAAGAGAUAUGAUAUCUUCGUCGAUGAUACUGUUAAAGACGAUACGCCUGUCGAUACUACAACUAAUGUAAUACAAUCAGAUACUUCUACAGCUACAGUUCUUAAAACAAAAUCAUUGUAUACAUCAUCACCAGAUAAAAUAACAAUCAACAAUAACGAUGUAAACAAUUCUGACAAUAAGAUAAAACUGGAUUGGAUUGAAGUUUAUGACAAUGAAUUAGAACGUGAAAAUAUAACACAAGUAGAAGAAACAACAACAAUGACAACAACAACAUCAGAAAUUAAUGAAAAAGUAACAAGAGUGAUCAAAAAGAUUCAUGAUAAAUACGCUGAUCCGGUCAGCAGUACGUCACAUGAGGAUGGGGACCGAAAAUUUAAUACAGAUGACGAAUCAUAUCACAAACAGACAGAUAUUCUAAAUUCUUUGGAUUAUGGCACUGAUAAGGCAUUUAUAGAUUUAGAUUCUAGGGAAGAUAAGGAUAACGUUGAUUCUUCUCCAUUAUAUUUUAUUUAAUCAUAAGUAUAUAUAUGUAGUUAUGUGAAUAUAAAUAAAACAAUAAACUGUU